CAUGGAGGGCCAGGGGAGAGCAUCAGCCACUUUUCUCUUGAGCUUUUACCAAGGACGAUUGUGUCCAGGCCCUGCCUUGACCAUUAGUCUGUCUCCCCGCAGCGCCUGUACAGGUCGGGGGAUGCAGACUCCAUGCAUAGGUACACCCUGAUCCCAGACCACCCGGAUUUUGCCCGAGCAAGACUUAAUGCGAUGCACCUGAGUGAUAAAGUCUACAGAAACUCCUGGGAGCAGAACCGGGCUGGGGGCUAUGACUUCAGGCUGGAUGCCAUCCCAUUCCAGACUGCCAAGGUGUCCAGGGAUAUCGCCAGUGAUUUCCGGUACAAAGAGGCGUUCCUGAGGGACCGGGGCCUACAGAUUGGGUACCGCAGCAUCAAUGAUGACCCAAGGAUGAGGCAUUUCCUCCGUGUUGGCAGGCUCCAGAGCGACAAUGAGUACAAGAAGGACUUUGCCAAGGGUUGCUCCCAGUUCCACAGCCGCACUGACCAACCUGGUUUCCUCCAGGCCAAGAGGAGCCAGCAACUGGCCAGUGAUGUACACUACAGGCAGCCACUGCCCCAGCACACCAGCGACCCAGAACAGCUGGGCCUGAAGCAUGCCCAGAAGGCCCACCAACUGCAGAGUGAUGUCAAGUACAAAUCUGACUUGAACCUGACUCGAGGUGCUGGCUGGACCCCUCCCGGCUCCUACAAAGUAGAAAUGGCUCGGCGGGCUGCAGAACUGGCCAACAGGAGGGGCCUGGGUCUCCAGGGGGCCCAUGCGGGGCCGGAGCAAGGGGGGCACAGAGAUCAUCAGAGCCGGGAGGUGAACCCAGAUGCCUCGGAGAUUCUGCACAUCAAUAGGAAGAAGACUCUGCUGAUGUGAGCAGCAGCCUCCAGCUGCAUCCUCAAGAGAGAAGCCACCAUGGAGGGCUGCUUGCCAGAGGCAUGCCUCCACAGCUUCAGUCUGCACGAGUUGUUAAAAAAAAUGGCAUGCCCUCCCCAUCCCCACAUCUGACUUUAUUAAAACAACUCUGAAA